AUGCUGCUGGCAGUGAUGAAUUUGCUGUACUUCCUCAUCCUGUUGACCAUAUUCAGGCCUGCACAUGGCACCUGGGACACCUGCGGAGACACGUGCGGGCUCCGGCCCAUGGCUUCUGACUACGGCAUGCAACAUACUGUGGGUGGCACAGGUGCCCAGCCAGGGGCCUGGCCCUGGAUUGUCAGCAUCCAGGAUCCCAGGAAAAUAGGCACUGGUCAUACAUGCGGAGGGUCCCUCAUCAGCCCACAGUGGGUCCUCACAGCAGCCCACUGCUUCAACAAGGCCAGGAACAUCACCAUGUGGCGCGUGCUGAUCGGGGCCACCCAGUUGACUCAGCUGGGCCCUGAGGCCCAGCUGCGCCAUAUCAAGCGGCUCCUGGUUCACCAACACUACGCUGCUUCUUCGCAGCAGAAUGAUAUUGCCUUGGUGGAAUUGGACCAACCCGUGGAGUGCAGUGACUACAUCCAGCUUGCCUGUGUUCCCAACACCUCUCUUACAGUGUCAGAGCUGAAAACCUGCUACAUUGCUGGUUGGGGUUCCACUAGUACAAAAGCUCAGGGACCAGGUGAUGUCCUGCAGGAGGCCAAGGUCCGUCUCCUUGAUAUCCAACUCGUUAACAGCAGCCGAUGGUAUGCUGGGACCAUCCACGCCCACAACCUAUGUGCUGGCUACCCACAGGGCAGCAUCGACACCUGUCAGGGUGACAGCGGAGGUCCUCUGGUGUGCAAAGAUAACAGUGCCAACUACUUCUGGCUUGUUGGAGUGACCAGCUGGGGAAAAGGCUGUGCCAGAGCAAAACGGCCUGGAGUUUACACAUCCACUCAGCACUUCUACGACUGGAUCCUGGUCCAGAUGGGCCUGUGCUCAGCUGUAACAGCCACUCCAACACCAGAGGCAGCCUUCAGCACAACCCCUUUUCAGCGGCCAAGGCCAAUACCAACACAAUCAGGCUGCUUUACACCCACUCCACAUCCACAAACACCUGUAAAAACCACUCCAAAGCCAGAGCCAGCCUUCACUUCUACUCCUUUUCAGCAGCCAAGGCCAAUACCAACACAAUCAGACUGGUUUACACCCACUCCACAUCCAUGCCCAGCUGUAACAGCUACGCCAGUGCCAGAGCCAGUCUUCAGCUCAACCCCCUUUCAGGGGCCAAGGCCAACAGCAACGCAAUCAGGCUGGUCUACACCUGCUCCACAUCCAUACCAGAUACUGGUACAAUUCCUAACUCGGGUGCAAGAGAUUCUACACGACCUAAUGGGAAAAAAGACUUGA